AUGGCGAACUCUCUCGAUCACCUCACGAGUAGAAGCAAGCUGGAAUGGAUGUCCAAGCUGCAGUGUGACUACACGCCGUUGAGGGGAGAGAAUAUUGCCAACUACGCAAACUUCCGCCGUACUUCCAUCAUCGGUACCAUUGGUCCUCGAACGAAUUCCGUCGAGAAGAUCAAUAUCCUUCGCCAAGCCGGUCUUAAUGUUGUUCGCAUGAACUUUUCCCAUGGCGAUUACGACUAUCAUCAAUCCGUCAUCGAUAAUGCUAGAAGGGCAGAACAAGUUCAGGAAGGCCGCCCUCUUGCUAUCGCCUUGGAUACCAAAGGACCUGAGAUCCGAACCGGGAAAACACUCGAUGGCAAAGAUAUCAAAAUAACUGAAGGGACGGAGUUGAUUAUUACGUCGCAUGACGAUUAUGCGGAGAAGAGUGACAUCAAUCACCUAUACGUCGACUAUAAAAACAUCACCAAGGUGAUCUCGAAGGGCAAACUCAUAUACGUGGACGACGGUAUCCUAUCCUUCCAAGUCCUCGAAAUCAUAGACGACAGCUCCCUGCGCGCCAAAUGUCUGAACAACGGCGUCAUCUCCUCCAAAAAGGGUGUUAACCUGCCCGGCACCGACAUUGAUCUCCCUGCCCUCUCCGAGAAGGACAAGGAGGACCUCCGCUUCGGUGUGAAGAACAAAGUCGACAUGAUCUUCGCCUCCUUCAUCCGCCGCGCCUCCGACAUCCGUGACAUCCGCGCCGUCCUUGGCGAGGAAGGCCGCGAAAUCCAGAUCAUCGCCAAGAUCGAGAACGAGCAGGGCGUCAACAACUUCGACGAGAUCCUCGACGAGACCGACGGCGUCAUGGUCGCGCGCGGUGAUCUGGGCAUCGAGAUCCCCGCCUCCAAAGUCUUCAUUGCGCAGAAGAUGAUGAUUGCCAAGUGCAAUAUCAAGGGCAAGCCGGUCAUUUGCGCAACGCAGAUGCUCGAGUCGAUGACAUAUAACCCGCGCCCGACGCGCGCGGAGGUCUCGGAUGUCGCCAAUGCGGUCCUGGAUGGCGCGGACUGUGUCAUGUUGUCUGGCGAGACGGCUAAGGGCGAUUAUCCCAAGGAGGCGGUUUCAAUGAUGCAUGAGACGUGUCUGAUUGCGGAGGUUGCCAUUCCGUAUGUCAAUGUCUUUGAUGAGUUGCGGAACCUGGCGCCGCGACCGAUGGAUACCGUCGAGUCCAUUGCCAUGGCAGCCGUCUCCGCUAGCUUGGAACUGAAUGCGGGGGCUAUUUUGGUUCUUACGACUAGGUCAGUCAAUGAUUCACUCUCUAUAAUACUCCCACCUCUACCGCGGAGUCUACCCCUUCAUUUUCCCGAAAAGAAACCCGACUUCAACCAGAAGAACUGGCAGGAGGACGUCGACAACCGCCUCAAGUUCGGCAUCGCAAAGGCCAUCCAGCACCAGGUGCUGUCGCUCGGCGACUCGGUUGUGUGCGUGCAGGGCUGGCGCGGUGGCAUGGGCCAUACGAAUACCAUCCGUGUCGUGCCGGCGGAUCCGAGGAAUUUAGGGCUGGCGGAGGCGUGA